ACAUUCAAUCUGUCAAAGCAAAACCUCAACAUCCCGAAAGUCACGCAGCGCGAUAACUUUUACACAUAAACGAGCCGGAAAAACUGGAUAACCAAUCAAAUAGUUUCAGAUCAUCACUUUAAUUUGGCCGGAAAACUAGAAAACAGAGCGUGUCGUAAAACUUCCGCAGAAAAUCGAAUCCACCAGCAGCCAGCCAUGAGUGAUAUCGAAGCAAAGUUUUUCGUGCGGGCCUUCAUUCGCUUCCUGAAUGGGCAGCUGGAGCAGCCAGCCUUCAACAGCGACAGCCGGGAAUCGCUCGAGGUGGCCAUCCAGUGUUUGGAGAAUGUGUACGAAAUCAACGCGGGAGGUGGUGGAGAUGGGUCGGAAUCGGGUGCUUCCGCCGGAGGAACCAGCGGCGACAGGGACGACCCCCUGAACCAUAUCGAUCUGUUCGAGGUCUUCCGGAAUGCAUUUACCAACGUCAGCCCGGAACGAAAACAGGAAGCGGAAAAUCUCAAGAACGAAGGCAAUUCGCUGAUGAAGGAGGAAAAGUAUCAGGAAGCCCUCAACACCUACAGCAAAGCUAUCUGUCUUGACGCCACCAAUCCGGUCUUCUACUGCAAUCGUGCGGCAGCAUACAGCCGUUUGGGUGACUACCAGAGGGCAGCUGACGAUUGCCGAAUGUCGCUUCGGUACGAUCCCAACUACAGCAAAGCAUAUGGGCGGCUCGGAUUGGCCUACUCCAAGAUGAACAAACACGAGCAGGCACUGGAAGCGUACCAGAACGCGCUAAGGAUCGAGCCGGACAACCAGGACUACAAAAACAACAUGAGCGUAACGCAGCAGCGGCUGGAGGAGCUGCGAUCCAAUCCGGGCAAUGCUGCAGCAAACCCCGCUGGUGGACUCCCCAGGAGCUUGGAAGGAAUCGAUUUCGCCGCUGCUUUCAACAACCCCGCCCUGGUAAACAUGGCCAUUCGAAUGAUCAACGAGCCCGCUAUCCAGAAUAUGUUCGGUCAACUUAGUGGAAUGAACGCCCUAGAUGCGGUGAUGGAAUCGAGCCGACAGUUAGCCGCUCAGAUGACAAACCAGCUUGGCCAAAACGACCUAGCCAACUUGGCCAGCACGAUUCGACAGAUGCAGCAAGGUGGUGCUGAUGGAAGCAGUCCAGCGAAUCCUGGAGAAGGUGGCGGCAGCAGCACAGAUAACAAUGGCCAACCACCGGCACCAGGAAACUCUUAAAUGCUUCUAGAUUUUUUUUUCUUUUACCUUCCCAUAACCUUGAGAACAGCAGUUAAUUGUGCUUGAAGAAUUUAGCUUUUACUUUAUUUUUCCCCCAGAAUGGAAUUCGAACCAUUUUCCUUUUUCGUCAUAGUAGUACAUUCGUGUAAGUGUAACACCAUUAGAACUGGCAACGAUUUUUUUGAAAUUGAACGUCGUUUUAACUUUCAUUCAACAAUGCCCGUAAAAAUAAUAAAAAUAAACAUUAUGUAACCUUA